GUUUGUACAGCACGGAUUAGACAGGGAGUGUGAGAGGGUAAAAUAGAAAACUUUGUUUGCAGCUAAUGGGAUUAAAGAAAGAGGCUGACAUCACAAAACAUUUCACUAUUAUUAAAGCAACAGCUGUUGCACUUGCCAUUAGAGGGAAGAGUUAGACAGCUUUUGGAGAUGCGCUUCCUUGAUCAGAAGGCCCUGAUGUUUUAUAUAUGGCUAAUACAGUGCUUGUUUUGGAAGGAAAUGCCUACAAAGAUUCUAUUGAAAAUGUUAAGAAGUCAUAUGGUUCUGCUGGUCUGGAUGCUAGGUAUAUUGUGCCUGGUUUCCUUUGCCAAUGGAUUCUCUCAUGGUGCAAGUACAUCUGCUUGUACUGACAUGAAACCAAAGCACAUCGGUGCUCAUCCACAAGAUCUACGCAGCAACUUUAUGACAGUGUACACUGACAAGACUACAUACCUCCCUGGGGAAAAACUACCAGUGACUGUAAGGAGCACACAAGACUUCAUGGGCUUCUUUAUGCAGGCUCGCAGAGUGGUUGAUGAUCAAGUGACUGGAACAUUCAUUCUCACUUCCUCGGGGUCUAAACUAAUGAAAUGCUCUGAAGAUGGCGACACCGUGACCCACUCUGACAAAUCACUGAAGAGAAACCUCUCCUUCAUUUGGAAAGCACCAGAGCAACUCACUGGUGACAUCAAGUUUUUUGUUUCAGCUGUCCAGUCAUACUUCAUUUACUGGACCAGAAUUGAGUCUGGUCUCAUUUCUGACCAAAAACAGAAUUAUUCCAUUUCAACGCAGAAUGACGAAUUGAAGGAAACAUUCCAGGUGUCUGCAUAUAACAGCACUACAGCCAGAACAGCUGCUUCUUUUGAAGCAGAUUACAUCAAUCCUCAAACAACUUCUCAGAUGGUACAGGAGCUUUCACAAACUCCGCUCAUCACUGCAGACUGGUACCUCAGACCACAGGCUGCCCAUGCAGAAAACUCUUUGCCUGAAUUGACCGGAUAUUCUCAAGAUCACAGCCCCUCGACCUCUCAAUCCAGCUUGCAUCAGAAUCAGAAUGAGAGACGUCUGCAGCCAUCCCUGAAUUCUGCCAACAGACACAUACUGACUGGCAUCCAGAUUCUGGAGAGCAGCCUUCUGCUGAAAACCACAGGUUUCAAGAUUCCUGAAGGUGAAGAUACUCUGAAUAGUGAUUUUCAUCUAGCCUUUCAAACUUGUAUGAAUUGCAAUGAUAUUGUACAAGUCAGCACCUGGUCCGCUUCUGAAACGGAUUCAGAAUUUUCAGCAGCACUUUCCUUGCCAAUAAAAACUGGACAGCAAUAUUCCACCUUUUGGUUUUCUGACUUCCCUCCUGCCCAGGAAAUGGAUUGGGCACCUGCGGAUAAAGAUACUCUCAGAAACCCAGGAAGUGAAGCCAUUCCGGACUCUGGACUAUUUUCAAACGCAAUGAACAUAAAUCCAACGCUGACUGAAAACCAACUGACACCACACCGUGCUUCGGCAAACCUCCUGCAGUUGGUCAAAAACUCAGGUUCCAGAACUGAUCUGGGUAAAGUGGCCAGAAACAUGUCCCUCGGGGUGACACAAAGCAUGCGGAAAGAAAGUGUAACAAGUCGAGAAGGGAGCCUUGCAAAUGAAGCAAAGCUGCGCGUUCCUCAAUUAGGAAUGCUUCUCGGCUGUUCUGCUGCUCUCGGCAUGGCAUUAGCAGUAGGGUUACGUCAUUUUCUCUCCCAGUAUUGUCGGAAACACACGGAGGUAUCCUUUGGCAACCCGGACAGCAGCAUCAUCAGUGUGGGAGAGAGUGGUGAGCUGGUGCAUGUCAGAAAGAUACGGGAGAACAGCUUUGUGCUUGUUCAGGCUGAAUACAAUGUGAUUACACCUUCAAGCACUGGUGGAAAGUAACCGCGCAUUGGGCUUUGUAAGAAUUUUUAAUUCAUUAUACAUCACAGCAUCAUUAGCAUGUAGUGUUACAUUACAUUGUGAGCUGAAUUACUGCCGGCAUGUAUGAAGGGAGAUUCGCAAUCUUUGUGUGCUCAUUCCCAGUUUGUUCUUUUGCACACACAGAUUUGCAAAUACUCUUAUUUCACACGUUUUUCAAUUCCACAUUUUCCCUAAUGCAAGGCUGGUGAAUAUCUCGGAAUGUAUUCAUAUUCAAUGUCAACAUUUACAGCUGGCCUGAAAAGGUGCAUGUAUAAAGGUAGAGCUUUAGAAGGGCUUAUGCCCGCAACGUCGAUUCUCCUGCUCCUCGGAUGCUGCCUGGCCUGCUGUGUUUUUCCAGCACCACAUUUUUCAACUCUGGUACUCCAGCAUCUGCAGUCCUCACUUUCUCCAUGUAUAAAGGUAGUCUGGUUGCAACAGGGGUGUGGACAGAUGGAGGUGCAGAAGAAGAAUGUUAGUGCUUUUUGAAGUCUCUCCACUGACAGAGUAAUCUUUCAAAUAAUUUAGUUUGUAUUGGCGGUGAUUUGCAUUAGAGGAUGGAUUCUUGUUGAGGGGCUGGGGAUCCUCCUUGCUGCUGGAGAAUGGCCAGAGAUCCAGGUUACCUCUUUCUAGGAAGGUCCACCCUACCAUGAGCUAAUCAGGCAGCACUGUGCCUUUGACCCACCUCCCAGGAGCUCCUGCUCCAUCUCUUUGCUCACCAGUAUCACUGGUGAGGCUGCUCCCUGAAUGAAUGGCACCAAAGCGCCAGAAUCCGGAGUGAACCACACCACAGCUAAUUGACAAUGGGAGGGGUUUUGCAAGGAGGUAGAGGGUGUGGUCAGCAGCAAGGACAAGGGGUUGGCCUCAGUCAACCCCAUCCUCCCACCUUCCUGAUGUUAUACUUGGGUGAAGUGCUGAGUGGCUAUGUUUGAAAGACUCAUCGCCUGCUCAUCCUGGAGAUGACAAGCUGGUCACUCAAAUUUACCUGUCAUGCACAUUGCAAUUAGGUUAAUAUAAGUGAUUGUACGUAGUCAUUAAAUUUCCACAAAGGACGUCAACUGUGAUGGGGCAGGAAGUCUGACUAUGGCCCCAACUUAGUUCUGGCGAGACCACCAUCGCACUUAAUAAAUGUCUGUCCCACCUUCUGCCGUGAGAGAGGACAUAAAAUUCUGCCAAUGGAUACAUCUUCAGUAGUUAUUGAUCUGCUGUUUAUUGUUAACUGGCACAAUUCUGUCAAUAUUGUUACAGUACUUUGUUAGAUACCCAACAAAUGGCACUCAAGCAUGUAAUCAUGCUUGAAAAUGCAUCACCACCUUUAAACUAGUGGCAAAAAGAAAACUGAGGUUUCCAUUUUUCAUUAUUGUAAACAAAGUUCUGCCAUUCUUCACUGAAGAGGACUGACAUCAGCAAAUGGAGAAGAGAUUUAUGAUCCAUCAAACACGAUCUAAAUGCUUUUCUUCAAUCAUAAAAAGGGAAGUUUUUUUAAUAACCUCUGAUAAAUGGAUUUUCUUUGACAAGCCAUUGUCAGAUUUGCACAAUAUUUACUGAUUUGAGCCACUUAAAACAUGAUGCUUUUGGUGUAAUUUGCAAAGUAAGCCCCAUACACAAUGAUCUAUUGGCCUUGUUGAUGGGUAAUCCCUACAGUGUGAAAACAGGCCAUUUGGCCCAAGAAGUCUACAUCGACCCUCCGAAGAGUGACCCACCCAGA